UUGGUAAGCAAGUGCUUACAAAUAAUAAAGUAGUAUGGGUCGAGUAUUUAUUAUUGAGAUACGGUGUUAACUACUCGAAGCACAUAACCUCGAAUAGUUUCCUGUACUUAGUGAAAAUUCACAUUUAGUGCAAAAAAUUAAGCGAGUAAUGGAAAGCAGAAAGGAUACAGUUAGGAUAAAGGACGAGUUGAACGAUAUUGGGCUAGAUGCAGGUGACGACUAUAAGUUCGAUGUAGUGGAUUUUCUCGAGGUCAAAAACGUUAAAACAUUCUCGUUUUAUAAAUCAUCGGCAAAUCACACAAAUGAGAAUAUUGCGUUACAAGAAAUGUUUGAUGAAAAAAUAUUUGUAGAUUUUGAGUGCAAAUAUGUCAAACCUGAAUUACGGUCUCUUUCAACAAAAAUCUGCAAAUUUGAGUAUGAAAGUUACCUACCUGAUGUAAAAAUAGAAAACAAAAUUCAGACCAGUUACUUUGAAAGAAGUCUAAUCAUUUUGAUACGGAAGAAUUUUGAUUAUUAUAAUAACUGUCAAUUUCAAAUAAAUCCUCGAUUGAAUUUUAAAGAAUAUAAGAAAGUUAAAAUAGUUAGAAAAGCUUCUCAAACUAAAUUAUCUAAUGAGUACAAAAUGCGUAGCAUAACGGAUAAAGAAAAAGCAAACUUAAAAACACAUGUCAAUACGACCCACAAGAGCAUCAGACGACAUGAAUGUGCCAUUUGUCACAAAUCAUUUGGCCGCAAAAAUCGCCUCAAUAUUCACAUAAAAGUAAUACAUGAUCGUAACAAAUCUUUUGAAUGUAAGAUUUGUCAUGAAUCAUUUGGAGAAAAUGGUAAUCUCAAAAAACAUAUAAGAACAGUACAUGAUCGAAUUAAACCCUUCGAAUGUGAAAUUUGUCAUGAAUCAUUUGGAGAAAAGGGUAAUCUCAAAAGACACAUAAGAACAGUACAUUAUCGUAGUAAACCAUUCGAGUGUAAUAUUUGUCGCAAAUCAUUUGGAGAAAAAGGUACUCUCAAACGUCACGUGAACCAAGUACAUGGUCAUAGCAAACCCUUUGAAUGUGACAUUUGUCACAAAUCAUUUGGAUAUAAAAAUCAC